AAAAAAGAAAAAAAGAAAAGGAAAAAAAAUGGUGUUUUUAGAGUAACCGUUGGAGAAAGAAAGAGAUAGAGAUGUAAAAAAUAUUCAAAAUUAAAAGUGACCGUUGCGAUUUCCCCUCUCUUUAUUUUCCAUCAUUUCUUCUGCUUUUCGGUUUUAAAAAAUCCCAAACCCAAAUCGAAUCUUUUUUCUCAGUUUUCAUCAAAUCAAUUUUUCAGCCUUCUGGUAAUUCUCCAAAUUUUGAACCUUUCAAGUUCAUCAUGGCUUUGAGAUCUCUCGAUAACGCUUUGCCGGUUCUUCCAUCGGAAAGACCCAAAAAGCAACCCAAAGUGGCCGCCGCCGCCGCCAUGAAACAGCAGCCUGAUCUUGUCAGAGUGAAUGACGAAAACAAGCCGCCGGUGCCGGCGCCGGCACCAUCCAACGCUGAUGCCACCAUUGAUUACAUCCCUUCUGAAAAUCUCAAAUCGAUUGAUGACCCAGAUGUUAGAAUUCAUGGACUAAUUGGAGGGUUAGAAUCAAAAGAUUGGCUUAAAGUUUGUGAAUCGUUGAAUGAUGCCAGGCGGUUUGCUCUUUAUCAUUCAAGCCUACUGCUACCGAUCUUGGAUAAGGUUAUGCUGAUCAUAGUGAAGGCCAUGAAGAAUCCAAGAAGUGCUCUUUGCAAGACUUCAAUAAUGGCUUCAUCUGAUAUCUUCAAGGCUUUUGGUGAUAAGCUGUUGGAAUCCCCUGUAUCUGAUGCAUAUGACCCUUUGCUUCUGCAGCUGCUGCUCAAAGCUUCUCAGGACAAAAAAUUUGUUUGUGAGGAAGCAGAUAAGGCACUUAAGGCAAUGGUAGAGUCAUUCACACCUCUUCCGUUGCUCCACAAGCUAAAAAGCUAUGCUAGCCAUUCGAACCCAAGGGUUAGGGCCAAAGCUGCAGUUUCAGUUUCCCACUGCAUUUCCAAGAUGGGGCUGGAAGAGAUGAAGGAAUUUGGGUUGAUUUCCACAAUUCAAACUGCAGCAGAAUUGCUGAAUGAUAGGCUUCCUGAAGCCCGAGAAGCAGCUCGAAGCAUUGUGGUUUCGUUAUACAAAGCUCUGACAGAAAAUGAAGAAGAGAAACAGGAGGUUUGGCAAAGCUUUUGCCAGUCUAAUCUCUCAGCUAUUCAUGCACAGGCUAUGCUCAAGCUCGUCUCCUCUUAGUAUGUCCCAUGAUGAAUGUGGCACAGUAGUACUAGAUACAUCUCAAUCACCAGACUCUUAGCAGUUUUCAGUAGUAAAGGCUCUUAGCAGUUUUCAGUAGUACUUUACUACCAGUCUCAUUGCAUAUAUUGCAAUUUUUUCUCGAGUGAACCUUAUUUUUAAGAAGAUUGUGAGAUGUGAGAUCUCACUAGUUUGUACCUACUACUAAAGUAAGAAUAAUAGAGUUUUCAUGUGAUUCAACAUCUUUA